AUGUCCGAAACCACCCCCCACAGUCCCCAGGCCAGCGAGUUUUUUUUCACCAAUUCUGAGUUCAACGUGGUGAUUUGCCACCAGUGUGAGCAUGCCGUACGACGGGAUAAUAUUACCACCCAUUUAACCGGCACCAAUCAUCGGGUACCCCGUACAACCGCACGGUAUAUCGAGCAAUGUGUCCAGCAGUGGGACCAUAUUGAGGACCAGCCCGAUAUCAGCCAUUGGCCCACCCAGGUUGAUAGCCCGAUUCCCGGAUUAACCAUAUUUGAAGAUGGUUUAUUAUGUUCACGUUGUACAGUAUAUAUUUGCCGCGAUUUAAAGUCCAUGAAAAACCAUUGGUCCGAACAGCACCAGUGGUCCCCCAGUAGCCACCGUGGUCGACCGAAACCGUCCGAGAUCGCGCAGAUCCAGGCCGAGAUCCACGCCAAUAGCCAGGCCGUGAGAUGCCAGCGGAUUUUCAAGCGGCAAUUAGGGUCGCAUUUUAUCCAGAUCCGCCAGCCCGUUCCACAGCGGGCCGAACCGGUGCCACCCGUGGAUGCCAUCCACCAGUUGGUCCAGCGCGUCCGAGCAUUCCAGGCCCAGCAGGCCCGCAGCCAGCAGACCGUGAUCCAGGCCGGGGAGAUCGACGAAGCCACGCCGUGGUUAAACCGUACGGGGUGGGUCCGGUAUUUACAGGGCAUUUCGUCCGCCCCGUUAGUGCAGUCCAUGGAGCGGCCGGACGAGGAUGCCGAGGGCCCCGAGGGUGCGGCAUGGGCCAUUUGGCAGGCCAUGGAGCGAUUGGCCAUGGUCAGCCAGCAGAUCACCCGGGCGAGUGGGUUUUUGGUGCGGAUUGAGGCCGCCCGCACGCAGAAGGCCGAUUCCCCGUACGAGCCGUUGUUGGCGUAUAUGAAAGAAGCGGAGAUCAAGGACCAUAUUGAGCCGUGGCAGCGGAUAUUGAUGUUUUUCACCCGCACCCAGCAGCCGCACGAUUGGGAGAGUCCCCCGUACGAGUUCACCCCCGCACAGCAGCGGUCGUGGGAGAUCGUAUGGCGGCGUGCGCAGGCCGCGGGCCGGUCCAGCCCGGACCCCAUGGACCCCGAGCCGUACGAGUUAUCGCCGUUGGAGUGCGCGAUUAUGGAUUUUUGCAUCAAUUUGUUACGCCAGCGGAUCCGGCACCACGAGUAUGGGUGUGCGUUUAUAUGCGCAUCGGCCGUGUUGGGCCGGAAGUUGUCCGGAUGGGAUGGGGUGGAGGAUUACCCCCCCAAGAUAUCCAGUUUGAUCAAGAUCGCCCGUUUUUUGGUAUUGCAUAAGGCGUUGCGGUUAGACCCCGAUUCGUUGGCCAUCCGGCGUGGGUUCGCGCAGGGCAGCCAGGAGCCCCAUUUCCGUGGUGACGAUAUCCCCGUCGCGGACGGAUAUAUAUUUGACGGGGACGAGGGUUAUGCCAGCAGCCCCGUACGAGAGACGCCCACCCCCCGUCCCAUGCCCGGAUCCCCCACCACGUCCAUUUUGGGACCCCCCACCCAGAUCCAGGGUCGUCGGGUGAUUCGUACGUUUCCCGAGUGGUUACGAUUGAUGGUGGAUGCGUUUAUGGUGCGUGGGACCCACGGGCCGGUCCAGUGGUUAUUGGAUUUACGCACGUACGGAAAGAAGGUGUUUUUCAACACCCCGUCCGAGGGGCAUAUCGGAUGGAAAGGCGAGGAUGAGUUGUUGUAUAAGCAGUUGCAUUUUACCAUGGGUGAUUUCCGUGGGAUGGUCCACGGGUUGGUCGAGAGCAUGCGGAACCAGUUUCACCAGCAGUUGAUAUUCGCCGAGGGUGCACAGAUCCCCAGUAUUGAUUUACAGGAUAUAUACGACGAUCCCACGCAGCGGACGGCGGAUUGGAGUUUUAUCAAGGAUUCCCGUACGCAGUGGCCCGUCCACGGGGCCGAGUGGUUGAUCCAGCGGGUGGCCCAGGAGCCCACGUUACGGCGGCGAUUCAGCGAGCCGGACGGCCAGGGGUUCCGGAUGCGUGCAAUUGACCGGUAUUUUGCCGAGGUGGCCCGGUUCCGCGAGCGGUUAAGCGUGGCGAUCCAUAUCACGGCCGGCCAGCCCAGCCGUACGCCCGAGUUGUUGAGUAUCCGGUACCGGAACAGCGAGCGAGAGAUCCGCAACGUGUUUAUCGAAGAUGGGAUGGUGGUAUUUGUCAGCCGAUAUCACAAAGGGUUCCAUAUCACCAACGAUACCAAGGUGAUUCAGCGGUAUUUGCCGCAGGAGGUUGGGGAGUUGGUCGUCCGAUAUAUAUGGUUGGUGUUGCCGUUUGUGGAGAUAUUGCAAGCAUAUCAGUGGCAGCAGCGAGGCACCCCCACCCCCCGCCGACAAGAGUAUUUAUGGGGCCCCGACGCCGGCAGCGAGCAGGCGUGGACGGGCGUACGAUUCCGGAAGGCGUUGGAAUCGGCCACGGCCGCGGGGUUGCACGGGCAGGCGGUCCACGUGUCGGCAUACCGCGACAUCGCCAUCGCGAUCAGCCGGCGGUAUUUACGGGGCAAGAGCCAGUUUGAGAGUAACGUGCAGGAGGGCACGGGCGAGGCGGCCCCCCCGUACGACCCCGACGAUGAGGGUGGGAUGGACGAGGAGGAGUUUAUGGGGCAUAUUGCGGAUUUGCAAGCCACCCAUUCGUCCCACGUGGCCGGGAUGAUGUACGGUCGCCCAUAUGUUGCAGUCGUUCCAGCAGAUGGUCGGACGGCCCGAGAUGGUAUUCCGUGGGGUGCAGGAGCCCGCGUUGCGGGCGAUCCAGCAGGGGGUCAGCCCGGUCGUGGCGGUGAUGCCCACCGGGGGGGCAAGAGCAUAUUAUUCAUGUUACCCGCGUGGGUCGGGGGUGGAUUGACGGUGGUGGUCGUCCCGUUGAUCGCGUUACGCCAGGAUAUGGUCCAGCGGUGCGAGCAGUUGGGGAUAUCAUGCGUGCCGUACGACCGCCAGCGGCCCCCGGACGAAGCGUCGAUCGUGUUGGUCACCCCCGAGAGCACCCGCAGCCAGGGGUUCCGGACGUUUUUGAACCGGCAGCGGAUGUUGCAGCGGUUGGAGCGGAUCGUGAUCGAUGAGUGCCACGUCGUGUUGAACAAUCAAGAUGAUUUCCGGCCCCAGUUGCAGAUGAUGGGGGAGUUGCGGGCCGCCAAGACGCAGAUGGUCAUGUUGACGGCCACGUUACCCCCGGCGGCCGAGCCCACGUUAUUAUACCGGAUGGGGUGGCCCCGGGAGCAGGUGGCCAUAUACCGGGCCCGCACGCACCGGCCCAACGUGGCAUACCGGGUAUGGUGCCCGGAGAUGGAGGCGGGGUACGACCACCCAUCCCAGUGGAUCCAGAUGGACGGGGUGAUCCAGUUUAUCCAGGAGCGGGUCCAGCGGGCCCACCCCGGACGGGUGAUCGUAUAUGGGAGUAUCGUGGCGCACGUCCGGAUGAUGGCGGACCAGUUAGGGUGUGACGCAUAUUUCAGCCAGCAGCACGAUCAAGAUGGGGUGUUAGCCCGGUUCCGUACGACGGCGGGGGCGGUGAUCGUGGCCACCAACGCGUUAGGCAUGGGGAUCGACAUUCCGGACAUCCGCAGCGUGAUCCAUUUGGGGCAGCCCCGUACGAUAUUGGAUUACGCGCAGGAGAGCGGGCGUGCGGGGCGUGACGGGUUGCCGAGUGAGGCGAUCAUCAUUCAGCCGGAGGGGCAGCGGGUGGGAUAUCAGCAGCGUCCGGCAUGGAUGCCCGAGUCCGCGGAGGAGCAGCAGCGGGUACAGCAGUAUAUGUUGCCGUUGGACGCGGGGGGUGGAUGCCGGCGGGGUACCCAGAGUGCAGACGUCCGGGGAAGAGAGCCCCAGCGAGAGGUCCCGCGAGAGGUCCCGCGAGAGGUCCCGCGAGAGGUCCCGCGAGAGGUCCAGCGAGAGGUCCAGCGAGAGGUCCGGGGAGAGAGCCCCAGCCCAGGGUCCACAGGAGAGAACGCAGGGCAGGGGUCCCGGGGAGAGGGCCCGUCCAUCCCCAUGGCCGUCCGACAUGAGUUCCGGCGGCAGGACAUCCAGCGGGCCCAGUUGUCCAGCCAACGACCCGAGGCCAGGCAGGACCAGAUCCAGAGAGAUAUGUAUUUCCAGAGUGAGAUCGGACGGUGGUUGAUGCGGUGUUGGUCGUGUGCGCAGGAGGGGAGGGAUGACGGACAUGAGUUGUUUCGGUGUCCGUGGGGGUAUAAUAUCGAGGCCAAGGCGUGGUGGAAGCGGAUGCGUGCGUUUGAUGGGAUCCGUUACCAGGAUUACAGCGCGCAUUUCCGGUGUGGGAUGCCGCAGUCGAUAUGCCCGCAGGGGGAUCCCAGCAAAGCGAUAUCCCGUACGACGGAGGCGCAGCAGAGAUGUGAGCAAUACCGGCACACAUUGUUACCGAUGGUGGCGAUGAUGUUGUUCAGCCAGAAAACGCAUGCGGAGAUCCGUACGGCGUGGGAUCGACGGUUACAGUAUGUCGGGGUGGAUAGUACGGAUGAGGAGCAGUUAAAGCGGUAUUUUGGGGGUAUGGCAGAAGAGAUUGCAUGCCAGCAGUCCCGGUUAGUACAGGAGUUCAUUUGGUGUCGAAGGAUUUAUCAGGGGCAUGAAGUCGAGUAG